UGCCUAGCGACGGCGUCCACGCUAGCCCUCUGUAAAUCAAGUCAGCUACUGUUCGCAGGCUACAUACAAGGCCGCCAUGGAGACUGAGAGGGGCUCCUUCAUCUCCCGGGACGUGGAGACCCCAAAGAAGGAGGUGCAGCUGCGGGUGACCCCUUCGGAGGUGAAGUUCCUGGACACGCUGGCCGGGAGGGUGUACCGCCUGCCGGUUACCGUACACAACCUCGGCCGUUGCAACCAGAAAAUCCGGUUUCAGGAACCACUCAAGCCACAGUUCAAACUGAUUUUGACCAAUCUGGAUAAAGCACUUGCUUCUGGACUUCAGAUGACAGCUAUGGUGGAAUACCAUCCUGAUAAGGAUGAAGACACUUAUGACCAACUACUUAUUUCAAUAGGAAAUAAAAUAAUAGAGAUCCCUCUACUUGGGUUGAUUCCAGCCUGUCAAUUGGAAAUUGAGUCAGAAGUUAAUUUUGGCACAUUGGUUGCCAAUAGCAAAGUAUAUUGUAAAGAGAUUAAUAUCAUUAAUCAUGGCAGAGCUCCAGGUACAUUUAAAACAGAAUACCAGGGCCAAUUGCCCAUUGUCAUUUUUCCAAGUAAUGGUGUUGUGGAGUCCAAGUCAUCAGUGAUUGUUAAAGUGGAUUUGUGUGCAGACCAGCCCAGAAUUGUAAAUGAAGUGGCAAAAGUAAGUUUGCAAGGUCGUCCAGAUAUGCUCCUGAGGGUCAAAGCUCAUGUGGUUGAGCAGAUUAUUGAAUUGCUAAACAUGAGUGGUGACAAGAAGUUGGAAUGCAUACACUUUGGUUCUGUUUUCUUCGGAACUUCAAAAAUCGAACAUGCACUUCUGUACAAUAAUAACCCAGAACCCAUAAAUUGGGUGGCCAUAAUACAGGAUGAUUCAGUUGGAGAAGAACUGGGUACUAAUAUUCAACAAAGAACAGAUGUUGCUUUAAAUAAUCUCCCUUACUUAAGCCGAAUAAAGAACAUAGAUGUUACCACUUUUAUCUCCUGUAUUCCUAAUGAAGGGAGGUUGCUACCUUAUCAAAAGACCAUAAUUACAUUUUGUUUCAGCCCAAAGCUAAUUAUUGAUGGUAAAAAGAAUUACGAUCCUUCACAUAGGCAAGACUAUGCUCUUUUUUUGAGAUUUGAGUCUGUGGGAAGUAAAGAUGGAUUUCUGAGAGAUGAUAACAAUAAAGCCAUCAAAAGUGAUCGAUUUCGGAAAGUGGAAUUAGCACUGACGGGCUCAGGACUUCCUGUCGUUUUACACUUUGAUCCUGGAAAUUUCCUUAAUUUUGCACCUUGUUUUAUGGGUGAACGUUCAGAGACGGUGUGUAUUAUGCAAAAUCGAUCCAAGUCACUUUCCGUGACGUACCACUUUAAAAAAACUGCACAUUUUAAAAUUGAUCCUGAAAGGGGCAAGAUUGAUGAAGGAUGUAUCCAGAAUGUGAUAUGUUCAUUCAUUCCACAUCAAGUAGGAGUCUUUAAAGUGAAGCAAUUGAUAGAGAUUAUUGGCUCAGUGGCAGAUGAAAAUUUUCAGUCUACAUCUCUGAAACCUUUUCAUCAAAUAUAUUUAUAUUUCAAGAGUGUCUGCAAACCUUCCACCAAGAAAGUUGUGAUGAAAGUUAAUCCUGGUAUAUCCCCUUUGGUCAGUAAUCCAACGGGACAGUUUGUGGUCAGAGACUUGCCAAAAUACAAGGACUGUGCGCCUGUUGCAAUGCUUCAAUCAACCAUGACACACCUUCACAAUCAUCACCUAAGUAAAAAGUCACCAAAGGAUGCACUGAUAGCUUUUCCCAAUGAUCGAGCUGCAAGUAUCAGGUCUGGAGACCAGCAUAAACAUUUCAGGACGAUUUUCACAAAGAUUCCAAGAUAUAACUAUGUGGAUCCUGAUUUUGCGUACACUAAAUUGGAAAGAAUUGGAAAGCAAGAACAUGAAAACUAUUAUGAAAGAUAUACUAAACAUUUAAGAAAUGUGCGCAUGCAGAAACAGGCAGAGAGUAGGGAAUGUAUGGAUUCAUAUAACAAUACAGACAUAGGAUUACAGCCAGCAUCAGGUCUAAAGUCACCUUCGCUCUCAGAAACGGAAAUAGAAGAGGAAUUAUUUGCAGCACGGCGUCAGAUCAGACGUAACCAGUUGCUAAAUACUAGGAAUAUAGCAUCCAAGGAGACAAAGGCUCUGAAAACAAAGGUUCUCAAAGGACUUAAAUCAGACCCAUCCACACCCCAUGAAAAACAUGACUGCAGCUUAAUUUUGACACCAAAGCAAAUUCAUCAAGUAAUUGUUGGGCCCUCUGUCCUUAAUUUUGGUGAUAUUUGCGUGAACUCCACAAAUACUCGUCUACUGCAUGUUGUUAAUAUGCUACCUAUGCAUAUUUUGAUCCAGCUAGAUAUUAAUUUGAAAGAACUUCAGAAAACCAACCAGUUUUCAUAUGUGAUUCCACCUACAGCUACUACUUACAUUUCAAUGGUAUUUGAAUCUCCCACCAUUGGAAAAUUUUGGAAGUCAUUCACCUUUACAGUGAACAAUAUACCUGGUGGGCAUAUCCUAGUGAUGGCCGUUGUCAUGCCAGUAGAACUGGAGCUAUCUUCUAAAGAGCUAGUUUUGAGACCACACGGCUUCUCGGUGAAAACAUGUUUUAUGGGGACAGUUGGUUUGUAUAACCAUCAGAAUUAUUUUGCCAAAUUUGAAUGGCAACCAGUAAACACAGAAAGAGGAAUGGCAUUUUCCAUUCGUCCAGCUAAAGGCACUGUUGAACCAUAUUCCUCCUUGCAAUGUGAAGUAACAUGGCAGCCAGGUUUCAGUUCUCCGGAAAGGGGAGAAUUUGUUCUUCACGUCAAUGAAGGAAACACGAUGACCCUAAAAUGUGUUGCACAAGUUGGCCACACCAAGGUCGUAUUUUUGGAGCCAAGGAUCCUCUUCGGUAAUAGCCCUCAAGGUUUAACAACUUGGAGGAAAGCGAUUCUACACAAUGUAGGACAAAACCAUGCUUAUUUCAAGGUUUGUGACCAGAGUCUUUUGUCUACCAUUAAUAUUGUUCCAUCACAAGGAAUAAUUCCAUUUGGGGGACUAACUGUUCUCAAUAUCUCCUAUACACCAACUGUAGCAGAAAAAUUUGAUACAAGAGCAAAGGUUGCUAUUCGCCAUGCAAAUGUCAUAGACCUUAGGAUUGGUGGAUCUGUUGAGAUUGCUGAUGUGGAAAUUAACCCGGGCGUAUUUAACUUCAGUGGUACCUAUGUUGGCGCUACUCAGAUUAUUCCAUUUAUAAUAAAAAACAAAGGUAUAACACGUGCCAGAGUGGAAUUUAAUCUACAAGGCUUUGAAUGUUUUUCUCUGGACUUCCAACAUAAAUUAGGGCAUUUCACAGACCCUGCAUUUCCUGACAUAUAUUCUCUGGAGGUAGAGGAAGGGACAUCUCUGGAAUGUGGCAUAGCAUUUUCUCCCAAAGAAGUGGCAACGUAUGACUUUUGCAUUCAAGUUCAAAUUAAUUUCUUUGAGGCUUCAGAACUUUACACUAAAUGUUGUUUGUCAAAAUCUCCUAUGAUUCCGAAGACAACACCACUUAUUCAACCAUGCUAUGUUCAAGCUACUGUAUUGCAAGCGCCAUUGAGAUUAUCCAGCACUGAUUUUACAUUUGAAAUCCCAUUGUAUACUAUGGAUCCUAAUAACAAAGUCACAAAAACUCAGGAUCUUGUCUUACAUAAUACUUCAAAACAAGAUGUGAAAUGGACUUUGGAUAUUAGUAAUACUGGCAAACUUUUCAAAGAUGGCACAUUCAAGAUUAGUGUGCUGAGUGGGAUUCUGCAACCACAUAAUGAAAUUAAUGUUUCCAUAAGUUUCUGUCCAAGUCAUCCUACAAAAUACACAGCUGAUAUUCCCAUUCAUCUAAAUGAUAAUCCAAUUUGCUAUCGAAUGUUAUGUUUGGUUGGAGAGGUAAAAUCACCCAAGUUAUCGUUUGACCCUCCAUUCAUAUUUUUCACUCCUGUUCCUCUGGACGUAACAACUAAGAUGAAUGUCAACAUUUUACCUCAAAACUAUUUCAGAGAUUCCACUUUAGAUGUCCAGAUUCCCACAGUGAGCCUUCUUGAUGGUGAUGAGGCUCAACCUCUUUCUGUAACGUUUCCAAAAGGCUGUGUCAUCACAGGGUCUUCCAGUGGAAUAAAUGCUCAGCUCACCUGCCACCUCAGCUUUAAAUCAUCUAAACCUGUGUCAUUUUUCACCGAUAUUCUUUUCUGUGAUAACAGAGAUAACUGGUUUUUGCUUCCAGUUACUGGAACAGCAGAAAACUGUCUUCUUACUAUUUACCCGUAUAUGGCAACUCAUCUUGAUAAACAAACAAUUAUUUUAAAGGAAGAUAAGAGUGACAUUUCUGUGAAGAGUAGAGAAAAUGUGUUGCUUCCCUACCAAGAAGAUGGUUUACUCUCUUCUACUUUGACUAAACGUAAUGAUGCUGAGCCUGCAAAGAAAAAAUUAUUUGUUGGAAUCGAAAUAAUACCUGAAAGAUUGAACUCGGGCAAAAGUAAAACCUCAAAGGAAAACAAAGAUAAAUCUGUGAAAAAGGAGGAGAAAAAUGAGCACUUCUUUUCUCUUGAAGAAGGAACAAAGGCAUAUGACUUCUUUGAAAAGGUUGUACACGCUGCUGAGACCUGGUUCAGUCUCUUUGGCUGGCCUGAAGGACCCCAUUCUCUUUCUAUUCCAGAAACUAUAAGAAGGGAGGUGUAUAAAAUGCAAUUUUACUCAUCAGCCUCACCAUCCCAAAAAUUUUCCAGACUGAAUGACGUUUCCAAAUAUAAUAAGACCAUUUAUGAUGUGAUACUACACUUGAGUGGAAAACUGCCACCUGGAAUUCAUUCAAGUCAGUCUUUACCUGUGGAUUAUACUGAAAGGGUGAUUCAACUUCAUUUUCAACAUUCUUCACUUCUUGACUUUCUCAACGCUCAAGGAGCAUGUAUUUCUCAUGUGCUGCCAGAAUUUCUGCUUGAACCAGAAGAUUAUAAAAAGUGGCUUGAAAUUACAGAAAAACCUUCUAUUGUUAUAGAGAUGACUCGGUUUGAAGCCUGGAGUAAAGGGGCAUGGACAGAUGUAUUCCUUCAGAUAUACAAGGUUCUGGUACUAUCCCGGGUUGUACCACACUGCAGCAGUAAUCUGCCCCCCAUUCAUGUGCAAAAUUCACCAAAGGUCAAUCCUUGUUUUGUAUCCAGCAACAUAUAUUCGAGUUCUGAAAGGAUUCUGCUUAAUUGGAUGAACACAAAUUAUGAGAAUGCCCGACAUAUUAUAUGGAAGAACUGUCCCAAUGGAGUUAUUCCCUCUGAGAGAUGGAUAGUAAAUUUUGACCAGGACCUUUUAGAUGGCCUUGUUUUUGCAACACAAUUGGGAGCCUAUUGUCCAUUUUUGAUUGAGUCACAUCUUAUAAAUAUGUAUACACAACCAAAAAGUUCUGAACAGUAUCUGCACAACUGCCUGAUCGUUGUGAAUGUACUUCGUGAAAUUGGCUUUGACAUUGACAUACAGGCCACUGACAUCUGUGAUCCUAACCCAAUCCUGAUGCUCAUGCUUUGUGUCUACAUGUAUGAAAGGCUCCCUACGUAUCUCCCCAAGAAUGUGGUGCCCUUUUAUUGUACUCUACAUGACACUGUGCUAAGACAGAUUCUACUGAAAAAUUCAAGCUUGAAAAACUUGGUGUAUAAUGCUACAAUUGUUGGGAAAGAUGCUGCUGACUUCUCCCUUUCCCAAACUGGGAACAUUGUGACAAUAUCUUCAAAAAAUGAAAUCAGUAUCACUGUGAAAUUCACCAGUCGCUUCCUUCAUCCUGCUGAAGCUUCACUGUUAUUGAUUUCAAAACCUAAGCAUGGGAUAGGAGGCACUACAAUGACUUUUGCUCUUAAGGGUGAAGUCCUCAACUUUAAGGCCAUUGAAAUUAUAAAUUGUAAAUCCCCAUGUUACACAUGGAAAGAAAUCACUGUAAAGGUUAAAAAUCCCUUCCAUUCUGCUGGGGACUUCAGUGUCACAUUGGUGGAAUCCUCAACAUUUAUCUCUUUGCCAUCUCAAUUAACUGAAUCUGGACAACUCAUUAACCACAAGAACAGUGGGGAUGCUGGGAGUAGCCCUGAAAGUGGUGAUGUUGAGAGUUGUUGGCAUUUCUCAAACGCCUUGAAAACCUCAAUUAAGUCCACUUUCAUCAGAGAAUUCUUCUGCUCCACUCAUACUCUUCACCUGGGAGUGAAGAGGACUUCAAGCCUGGAGCUCCUGUUUCUUCCCUUUGACAUGCACACGCGCUACUGUGUCAUCAUCCUCAGAAACAAAGCGAUUGGAGAAUUAAUUUAUGUUGUGGAAGGAAAAGGUACGAUCCCAUUGCCUUCCAGCUUCCACCCAACGGAUUCCUCAACUCCACUUGACUACAGCAGUUCUCCAGAGGAAGUGUUAAGUAAGGACAGUCCUGUUCUGUAUUUGAAAUGUGAGCUCCGUCAGGUCUUGGAUGUGGACCUUAAGUUGCCACUGACUAAUGAAGCCAAGGAGAAGGCCUUGGCUUUUGCAGCACAGCAGCAGAUGUCGGAUAUAGAGUAUGAGCGACGGUUGAUCACAGGCACUCUGGAGAGCAGCAGUGUUCGCGUGGCCAUCGCCCUCCUGGGGCUGACGAAGAUUGAGACUUGUGUUCUCUUUACUACCUCAAAGUUGAAGAAGCCUAAGUCCAUUUCAUACACAGCAGAACUGAGCCUUCCAGAACAUUUUGAUAUCCCCAAGAAAAUCUACAUUCCUCAGAUUACAGAAACUCAAACUAAAUUGACUCAGCCUCAAGGAAUUCAACCUGCAAAUAAAACAGUUGCAGAUGGAUCCGUUCUAGUUCCUUUACGAUUUGUUCCUCUCAGUGCUGGACGCUACCCUUGUAAAAUUUUGUUGACAUCACGGUAUGAUGUGCGUGUCUAUUGCAUUGAAGGUAUAGUAAAUGCAGAAGAACCAGAGGCCAGGUUUGAAUUUGAAACGCCAGCACUUGAAGCCCUUACCCAGAAUAUUCCAGUGAAUAACAAAACAAAGAAUGAAUGGAAAUGUCAAGUUACUAUAGAAGGAGAAUGGUUUUAUGGACCUUCUGUUUUAUAUGUUGGAGCAGGUGAAACUGUGCAGUAUCCUCUCACGUUCAGACCUAUUUUGGAAUGUGAGAUUAUGGGCAGACUUAUUGUGCAAAAUGAAGCAGAUGGUAUGGAGUAUGUCUUUGACAUAAAAGGGAUUGGAAAAAGACCGCUGGCCUUGGAACACAUCAUUAUAAACUGUCAAGUAGGAGAAAUGACAAAUAAACCCAUAAUGGUGCCCAAUCAUACAAAGACCAUCGAAACAUUUAAGGUAUCUUCAGAUCUUCCAAUGGUGUGGGGAAAUCCAGUCAUCACCAUAGACCCUGAUAGCACAAUUCCAUAUAUUCUACACGUUUUGCCUUGGAAACGUGGUAUAUUCAAAGGUGCAAUCUCAUUUUCUGUCAAAAGAAGACAAGAGGAUGAAUCUCAGGAAGAACCAGAUCAACAUGACAUUCGAGUACCCUCUUUUCAGAAAUCAGUAUCAGAACUAUCCCCCCAAAUUGAUGAGGAAGACCCAGAUGAUGGUGCUAGCAAUAUCCGAGUCUGGUACAGUCUUGAGAUCCAUAGCUCUCCGGGACCACCAGUAGACAUUAUUGAAAUGAAGUGCUCUGCUCUGGAGAGCAUUUGCAUUGAAAUACCUCUCUCUAAUCCAAAAAAGAGAAUUAUUCACUUAGAUGUGCAGUUAUCAAAUGCUGCUCUUAAUGGACUCCAGAAACUUCAGCUGUAUCCACUAGAAUGUACUAAGUAUGUGGCACAGUAUUCUCCAGCAAGUCCGGGCUGUAGAGAUGAAAGCAUUGUUUUUCAACCUAAUGUGGCUCUGGAGUUUUGGUAUUUACUGAGAUUAACUACUGAAUUACCAAAACCAACCACAAUACCAGAAGUACAAUGUGACCUUGGCAAGUGCAUGGCUCAGAUGAUUUCUUUAGUUAAUCCCACACACGAAACCUUAGAAUUGCAAGCAACAAACAGUAAUCCUGAAAAUUUUGUCUUGGAUGUUCACAGAUCGGUGCUGACCAUACCUCCUCACUCCACCAAAGAGGUAUCUGUUCAUUUCUGUCCUUCUGCUCUUGGAAGAACUGGUCAUCAAGCUUCUAUCAUCUUCCACUGUGCUCAGUUUACAGAAUGGAGAUUCUUCCUCUCUGGAAUAGGACUAUUCCCUCAGCCUAUAGACAUAAAAAGAAUAACCGCAUGCCUUAGUCUUCAAUCAUCUGUUGUUAUAACUUUCCAAAAUCCCACCAAGGAAGAUGUUCUAAUCGAUAUCAUACUAACAAGUCGGGAAAAGCCCAGGCAUCUCAUCCUUGACCAUCACUGGGAUAAGUUCUUCAGGCAGACUUCUGCUUUCAGUUUUAGUGGCCUGAGUCACACAAAAGGAAUCACAUUGCCUCCUAAAGAGAAUAUAGAUAUCCCAGUGUUAUUUAUGCCCAACACUAUGAAAUUACACAGAACAAUGGUCAUUGUCCAAAUGAUGAGGGCAAAUAGAGAAAGUUGGCCUAUUGACAAUUUUGAAGAAUUAGACACAGAAAUGAAAAGAACAAUGGGAACAGCAAGUAGAGAAAUCCGAGAAAUACACUGGAUAUACCCUAUUCUUGGACUCCCACAGGCACUAUAUCCUAAAUGCCCUCCAGUUGUUAUAAAAUGUCAGUCCAGGAAGCGGGUAGAAGAGGAAGUGGAAGUCACGCUGACUGGUGAUUUUUUUGGAGAAAAUCCUAUCUUAGAUUCAACAGAUUUUAUAGUGAUUCCAAAAAGAAAUUCAUGUAAAUUUGACGAAGAUGUGGAUGAUAUGUCUAUAAAACGUGAAUUUGAAUAUGAAAUUCAAUUUGAAUCUGACGUUGUGAAGUCUAACUUGGAAUCCUGCGUGGCUUUGUAUUUGAUCAAAAAAUCUUUUAAUGUUAUGGCUAAAGUGAUAACAUUGGUCUUCAAUUUGAUAUUUGCACCAAAGAAACCAUUGAGGACUCAAAUUACUCUGAAAAUAGAGUGCAUAACAGAUGGGAUCUGGAAGUUUCCCAUAACAUUGGUUGGUACUGAGCCUGAUGUGGAUGAUGUCAUUGAUAUUGAAGGGGUUGGUUUAUUUAAGGAAUCUAUUGUCGACUUCAGGCUGACAAGUCAGACGAGAAAUCCUGAGCCAUUCACUGCAUACUUCCUACCUGGCAGUGAUCCUGCGUUUUUUGUAAAACCUAAGGUUGGAAAACUUCUUCCUCUUGACACUGAAGGAACUCUCAUCAUUGUGGGUUUUAAACCCCAAAUGUACAGUAGGAAGUACAAAGCAACAUUAGCAAUACAGACACCGGACAUGUACUGGUUGUAUGAUAUCAAUGGGUUACCUCAAGUUACCAAGCCACCGAUGAAUGUCAAAGCCAAAGUUGACACUAACAAGAUGUUUGAUAGAAGGCCAGUUGGUCAGCACAAUUUUAUCCGUGAAAAUGCUAAACUCAUAAGGACAGGGGUGUCCUCUACCAUCAAGGGUGCGCCUUUGAUGUUGAAGAAUAAAUAAAUACUUUUUCCCAAAAUAUUUCUUGAGCUUCAGUAGAAUUGAACAUAUUUUCAUGAUUGUUCUUUCGUCUUCUGGAGUAUUUCUAAGGAGUAACGUUUCAAUUAUAAUAGGCCUUCUCUACUUUUUAAACUGACUAAAUCUAUUCUCUGAAUAUGUUUUACCUGAUUUCUGUUAUGUGUAUCUUUGAAAAUAGACUGGUUGAAAAUUAUUGGGAUUGGUUCCCUUUUAAGUUACAGAGUACAUUUGUAGCAAAAGAAAAAUGAUUUCAGCUUAGAAAUCCAUGCACAUAAGUAUAUGUAGUCGAUAUGCUUCUACAGUGAGUCUUUAAACAAUAUAGAUAUAUUUCAAAAUGAUCCUGGAGAAAAUUCAUUUUCUCAAAGUAAAAGAGAGCAUUUUGCUCGGUAGUUGUCAGAAAAAUAUAAUAAUAAACAGCAAAUACGGACCAUCUUUAAGACACUUUGGCACAAAUGACUGGCUCUGCCACGAAUUAGUCAUUCAUAUGAUUUUAAGCAAAUCGCUUCCCCUUUCUGUGCCCUAUUUUCUUACGUG